AUGAAACUGGUCUUGCAGCGUGUUGAGGGGGCGGCUGUUCGGGUGGCAGCGACUGGAGAGGAGGUCUCACGUAUUGGAAAAGGUAUUGUUUGUCUCUUGGGAAUCAGCAAAAAGGACCACAAGGUGGAUCUGGACUAUGGUGUGAAGAAGUGCCUAGGCACCCGCCUCUGGGAGGACCCUUCGGGAAAACCUUGGCAGAAAAACGUUACAGACGUCGGCUACGAGAUUUUGGUGGUCUCAAACUUUACCCUCCAAGCACAAACGAAAAAGGGCUUUCAACCAGACUUCUCCAGAGCGAUGUCCCCCGACGAGGCAAGGUCGAUGUAUGAGAGCUUUGUGGCAAGUCUACGGGCGGCGUACCAACCAGACAAAAUAAAAACCGGACGAUUCCAAACAUGCACACGCGUAGAGAUCCACAAUGACGGCCCAGUAACCAUCACAAUCGACACGCAGGACCUCCAGCUCAACCGUAGCUCUUCCUCCCCGCCGGGCUCAUCAGGGAAUAGUGUACAAUCGAGUGCAACGGCAACUGCCGGCGAGAACUGCAAGGAAGCAAUCCAAAACAAUGACCUGGGCACGCACCCCAAACAUUCUUAG